UUGGUGUCUGUCUAGCAUACGGAAUUACGGAAAUAUAAUGAAAUCUUUAAUAGUUUUUGUAUUAUUGGCAUUUAUUUGUUUUGAAGUUGCCGUCUCAGCUGGUGCCUAUAGUGGCGGAGGUGGUGGUGCUUCUAUACCCUCUCCACCUUGUCCUAAAAAUUACUUGUUCGGUUGUCAACCGGUAGUAACUACUGCACCAUGUGGGGCUAAUAAGAAACCUUCCUGUGGUGGAUCAGCUGCAUAUUCACAUCACAUACCCAGAUACUUGGAGGCACCAUGGAAUGUUUUAUAUGCUUAUCAAACACAUUAUCCCUUGAUACCUCAACACAUAUAAAAUAAUAUUUGCAAUAUAAAGUUUUGAUUAAUUGUCAAAAAACUACUUUAAAUAAACAUUUUUUAUAUAAGUUUUUAAUGAAAAAUUAAUAAUUUUUUUCAUUUUGGUAAAUUUUACGUUAAAAAUAAUACCUUUUCAAAUAAGUUGUUAAGGGAUUAAGCUUUGAACAUCAAAAUUAAAUGUCAUUAUACGAUUUCAAAGAGUUUGAAUUGGAAAUUUCAACAACUGUUU